AAACCUAUGUAACACACCAGUUACUCAGUUAGUUACGCCAAGAACAAGCCAGGAGAACUGAUCAAGUAAUCGUUAGGGUUAAACGAAACACUGGACGCAUUGUUAAUGAACUCCGCAAAAGAGAAUCCAGAGACUGUAGUGGAAAAUAAGAUGCAUCCUCCAGAAGGUGAGGAGGAAUUAAAAUCUCCAAAAGGUGAUACAGCAAAACCACCAAAACCUGAGGCUACAGAAAACACUGAUGGUCCAGACUCCUCUAAGAGCAAAACUGUGAAAAAAGGACUGAGUGAGUUAGAAAAGUACUGGCAGGCAGUUAAGGAUAAUCCAGCAGACUUUACUGGAUGGACAUACUUGCUACAGUUUGUUGAACAAGAGAAUGACUUGGUGGCUGCUAGGAAGGCUUUUGAUAGUUUCUUCAAAUAUUAUCCAUACUGUUAUGGUUAUUGGAAAAAAUAUGCAGACAUGGAAAAAAAAUGGAAUACUGCAGAAAAGGCUGAAGAAGUAUUUGAGCAAGGAUUGAAAGCCAUUCCCCUUAGUGUUGACUUAUGGAUUCAUUACCUCAACUUCUACAAAAGUCAACAUAAGAAAGAUGAAGAUUACUAUACAAAAGUGAAAGUGCUUUUUGAACGAGCUGUCGAUUCAGCAGGACAGGAGUUUCGGUCUGAUCGAUUGUGGGAUUUAUACAUCAACUGGGAAUUAGAGAAUAAGCACCCAAGAGAAGUUACACAGCUGUAUGAUAAACUUCUGAACAUUCCAACACAACUUUAUGUCCAUCAUUUUGAAAAAUUCCAAGAACAUAUUAAAAAACACCUACCAAAAGAUUCAGUCUCAACAGAUGAGUUCCUUGAAUUCCGAAAAGAGUUUGUAACUAUUAAUGAGAAAGAAAAACUGAUUCCUCCAUUAGAGGAUGAGGAGGAGGAAGCUCCUGAAGAGUCGGGAGAUGGAGAUGCUGGUCCACCUGGUGAUGAAGCUCCCCCUGGUUUAGAAGAUCCAGAGCAAGCUGAUAAAGAAAAGAUGAAUGAUGAAGAGACCAAGUUUUUGAGAGAGAAAAUUAUUGAGAAGAGAAAAGAAAUAUUCAAGAAAAAUGAAGAGGAGGUUGGAAAAAGAUGGAAUUUUGAAGAAGGAAUUAAAAGGCCAUAUUUUCAUGUAAAACCUUUGGAGCGUGCUCAGUUGAAGAACUGGAGAGAAUAUCUAGAUUUCGAAGCACAGAACAGCACCCAUGAAAGAACUGUUAUCUUGUUUGAAAGAUGUAUGAUAGCCUGUGCUCUGUAUGAAGACAUGUGGAUGAAGGUAUUGGAUUGA